UUCAAAGUCAACGUUUGUAGUGACAAUUUGAAUAUCUAGAAAAUUUAAGAGAACAAAAGUAAACACAUGUAUAAAUGUUUAAAAAUAAAAUUAUAAUCCAAUAAAUUAACAAAAUGGCGAAAUAUCGUGGGAAAAUAUAUUUAGGUUAUGAGGAAGAUGUAGUAACUGACAAAGGUGUAACUCAGUUAAACUACACGAUCAAUAAAAUUGGAGGAGCACCAAAUUGGCCACCGCUGGAUAAUGUACAGUUUUCCCUGAAAUGUCCAAGGUGCAGUUUGUAUAGGUUACUAGUAGUUCAAUGCUAUGCUCCAUUAGAAGGCUCUAUCUAUCAUAGAACAUUAUAUGUUUUUGCCUGUAUUAAUCCUCACUGCUGGAAUCAAUCUGAAUGUUGGACAUGUGUCCGAAGUCAAGUUAAGGAUGAACCUAAAGACACUAGUGCAGUUGUAUUGAUGCCAUGUAUGGAGACAAAACUCAGUUGGUGUAAGGGCUCUGACGACUGGGAUGAGAAUGAUAAUGGGGAUUCUACUAAUGGCAAUGUCGUCAACAUGGAUAACAGCCCAAUUAAUAUGCAAAGAAAUUCCGAUGAAGAGGAUGAAAGCAAUUCUUACGACUUAGAAGCUGUUGAGCAGGCUCUGGGAAAUUUACAAGUUGAUGUUCACAAUGCAAAUUUAUCACCAGUUCAAGGUGCAGUUGGUGCAAUUGGUGCGCCCAUACCAGCUGCGGAGUUGGAAGGUGAUGAUGAAUGUGGUCUGGUCAUUGUAGACACACCAACAACCCCUGCUAACAAUAUGCAGCUGUUAUUUAAUCAAACUGAGGAACUUCCACCAGACAUUCGGAGUCGACUUUUAUUGGGACCAAUACAGUUUGUCCCUAAAUAUAUUUUUGUUGAAGAGGAAUGGAAUCAAACAGAUCAAGAUGAUGACCAAGUAACAGAUUUGCUAAACAAAUACAAAAUGGAGAACGAACUGGAUGCUGGUAUUGGCGACAGUCCCGCCGGAUGUGACGAUGAGACAUACGAGGAAGCUACACCAUUACAUGGUGAUAGAUUGUUCCAUGCUUUCGUUACAAGACUCAAAGCUAAUCCUGGACAAAUUCUCCGGUAUUCUCGUGAUGAAGCACCACUUCUAGGAGCUUCUCUGCCAGUAAAGGAAAGCGCACAUGAAUAUUCUUGUCGGCAGAAUACUUGCCCACGUUGCGGUUCGAAACUUAUUUGUGAACUUCAAUUAGUGCCCGGAUUUGCAGAAACUUUAGCUAUUUCUCCAAAUAAUAUUUCACUACCACAUUUACACUUUCUCUCCGUUCUCAUAUUCACAUGUUCUCAAAGUUGCUGGCAGCCGUCUGACAUGUUGGUUGAAGAAACCGUCAUCUUCCAACCAGAAAUGAUAUAAUGUGUUGUAUGAAGUUCUUAUUGUGUGUAAAAUCUCAAAGCCAAAUAGUCAAAUAGGUCAUAGCCAUUAGAUAUGCAUUUAAGAUUUGAUAUCCAUUCUCAUCAAUGCAUUUAUAACAUUUAUGAUAUACAAAGUGCCACUUCUCAAUAGAAACUGACAAAAAAAUUGAAUAAGUAAUAAUUGCAAUAAUUUUUUAUAGACUAAGACUACAUGUUAAAAUUUAUUUGACUUCAAACUAUUUGUCUUAAACCAGCUUGAGUAAUUUUUGAUGUCACUAGAAAAAAAUUAUUAAUUUACUUAAAAUUUAAAUCAUUUAUACAAAAUCAUCAAAUCAUAAAAUUGAUUUUUUAUUAUUGUACUUAUAAGUAUAUUAUUUUGUUGAGUUUAUUUGUUUUUUUCUAUAAUUAUGCUUAUCAUGUGAUAUAACUAGUAGCAGUGAAUAGUAUUAUGUGAUUCCAUAGUUAUCUUUCUAAAAGUAAUUGGAAUACCUUGUGUAAUAGUUUAUUCCAUUUUUCUGUGUUCCUGUUUCAACGAAAAGUCCACACAUUUAUGAAAUAAAAAAAAAAUAUUUACACUAAAACUAAUCUUAUUAUCUGCAUUAUGCUUGUUAAAAAACUGACCAUGUUGUGGUAGAUGUAAUUUAUAUACCAUAAAAUGCUGUCCAUAAAUAUUAGGUUAGAUAUAGCCAUUUUAAAAUUUCAAUUGUUGUUAACAACAUAUUUCAUUUCUAAUUAUAUAUUGAACUUAAAUGCAAUAUUAUAUUUAGUACUUCCAAGUCCUAGAUGUUUGAUCGUUUUCUUGAAUAAUAAAUGAUAUAGAACUAUCCUUCUUGCUGUGCCGGAUUAUUGUAUGUGUAUCACAAAAUAAAGAUGAUUUUAUUGUUGAUUUCAAUAA